GUGCAGUUGUGAUUUCGAACGUUGUUGUGCAAAAGUUCAAAACCGAGACGGCUUUUGUAAGUGUGUCGUGAAGAAAGUCACCGUUAAAAUGACGUCACAGCAUAACUACACCAAUCCGGCCUUCUGCCAGCAGAGUGAAUUCUAUACGCCCCCCAGGACGCCUCACGUGGGGUCACUUAUGUCGAUCGCAGGCACCACCGGCUCGACGGUAAUGCAGCGUAACGAGCAGCUAAUGCGAUCGUACAACCGCAUAUCGUCGAAGAUCGUCAACCGCCAGCACAGUUUGGCCUCGUUCGACCAACGGAAGCGAACCACCGGUUCCCCAAUGCCGGGAGGGAAGCCAUUAGCCAGCACCCGGCUGUUGGAUCGCUACGGUUCCGUCGGUGCAAAUGCAACUCAACAACAGCAGCAACAGCAAGGCACAAGUGGCAGCCGCUAUGCGUUGGUCCCGGUGGAGGAGAUCCCCGUCAGUGUCGUGCGGAAGUAUAGCGUCGUGAACGAGACGCAGCUGUCCCUUGGGAGCGUUCCAGGGAUCUCACGAAGCGACGAGCUGCUCGAUCGCGUCGGAAGCGUGCCAAAUUUGAAUGGCGGUACAAACGGCCGACGCCACGAUCGCGCCGUGGAUAAACUGAAUCGAACCAUGGAGCAAGACGGUGACGAAGAAGCGGAGGAAGUGGACAAUCUAUCACAGCAAUUUUGUAGUUUGCCUCCCAUGAUGUCGUCUCAUUCGACGGCGCUUGAUCAGCAUUCGAGCUCACGGUUGAAGAAUGCCUUCUCGUCUGAUUUCGGCUCAAAGUCUUUCAUACUGUACGAUCAGCGCAAUAAUCAGCGUUUCGAGAUGGUACCGACCGAGGAGGACGAGGAGCUGGUGGACGAAAAUCAGGAGAUCAUUCAGAUGCACAAUGGUCGAGCUCAUCGGUACGCCAUCAUCCCGAGUGUGGCCGAUGACGAGGACGAAACCUGUCUCAGUAACGAUGGGAACGGUACCGAUGAACCUCCAACGGCCAUUCAUCGGUCACCGUAUGCAUCGACCGUGCAGCAACGGUGUGAAAAUUAUAAACCACAGCUUCCAACCAACGCCGGAAGUGGGUCAGCUACGACCACUCCUUCCAAAGGGAAUCCGGGUCGUGAGGAAACGACACCGACGAAAAAGAACCUUGCCACACAAAAGCUGCACGAGCUAUUGACGACGCCACAAAAGAAGCCACCAGCAACCCCAAAAACUCCUUAUCUCUGUGGAAGUCAGCCGUUCAGUGCAACACCAACCACUACGCCACGACGAGGUGCAAUACCACCUUCUGGACCUUCAGGAAUGAUAGUUUCCAGCACACCGAAGCAACAGCAUCAUCAUCUUCAGCCACAGCAGCAUCCGCAGCAGCAGCAGCAGCAGACAUGCAUCCCGAUCCCUACGACGGCCAUCAUAAGUCCCCGUUUGAAUUCGGACAUAUACAGUGAAAAACCUCUGCCAGAUCCGAAGAAAACGGGUAGCUGGGGUCCGGCUCCGAGUGAAUCAAAGUCCUGGCAAAAGAUGGCCAAUGCUUCCGCCACGAUCGGUGCCGUUUCGCUAAUGUUGAUCCUGUGCGGUUUCAUGAACUCAGGCCUGAGCCUCUACAUGACCUCAAAGUUGGGUCGCGAGUUUUACCUCGAUAUGGGCAUUUUGGCUGGAUUUUCCGCGAUCGCGCUCGGUAUACUUGGCUUCAAGUCACGCCAGUGUGACUGGCUGCCAAAUCGCAACUAUAUGUCAGGAUACGUGCUGGUUACCAUCUUUUCCUUGCUCAAUUGUGCUGCGGAAGUAAUACUGAUGACGAUGCACCCAUAUCCAGGCACACCGCUGAACGAUGUAACGACGGGCAUAAUUUUGGGGCUUUCGUCGUUGAUUAUUUUGCUGAUCAGUCUCGGCGCGAUAACCUCUCGUUGGUGCCGCGCGCCACCACCAGAUAAUCGCGUGGACGUAUGCACGACUGGGCCGUGAAUGACACACUCCUCGAAGUAUGAUGGGAAAUCGAUCCAGACGAGCCUUUAAAACCUUGGUAUCGAAGUUGUUUGAAAGAAACAUGGAUGUGAGUUCUCCAUGUUACGCUAGACACGGUUUAUAAAGUGUAUAAUAAGUUAAG